AACCGCUGCCAACACACUUGUGCUUAUCUUAUGUAGCGUCGUAGAAUUAGACGCGCGCACCGUCGUCAAAUGCGCCAUAGGGACCGUCUUGCCCGUCAAUCUGUUCACAUUCCGGAUGAGCCCGCUCUUGUUAUGGGCACUCGUAAUGCGUUGGCGCUUGCCCGGGCUAACAUGGGCCAUAAUGGGAUUUCCACCCCCCCACCCGCCAUCCAAGUGACGGAGCAAAAUGAGAACAGGCCUUAUACCGAUAAUCCUCAGACCACUGAGCAAGAUCAGUAUGGUUCCACCCAUGGAGAAGCUUAUCCUGAUUAUUAUAACACGGCGGUGCAACCCGAGGUGGCGCAUGUUCAAUUCCAGCAUCCAUAUGCCUAUGAUGCCAAUGGUCCCCCCAUCGUAUCACGGGAGUUAACCACGAACCCUCCCCAGAUGCAGCAUCAGUAUGCGGACUUAAGUCAUGCUCUUUCGAGCCCUCCUCCUGUCCACGCAGCGAACACUGGUAGUCCGUUCUCUGAUCCUGUUGAAUCUACUUAUGCACCCAAGAGGUCCAACUCUGGCGGCCAAAAUGGAAAUACACAGGACAGGUUUUUCAUGGCGCAGUACGCCCAGCCCACACGAACCGGCACGCCGGUUGAUCCGAAUCCUCAACAGUACUUCACUCCAGGGCAGGGCCACAAUGGCGGCAACAUGCAUGCUGCUUAGAACACCCCGUUUCACACCACGGUCAUGAUGGGUAUUGUGAUGAAUUUGCUGCGCUGUCUCCUCUGUUUUCCAAUCGCCGUUAUGAGCCGCGGGACUUGCUCUGCUCGGUUCUCUCUUCACAUUUACGUCAGGUCCGAUCUGUCUGUAACACAACAUUUCCGUUCCUUUAUGACUGUGCUAUUUAUUCGUUGAACGCUCUUACGUGCGACUCGAUGUUCCUUUCUAUCUGGGGUGCUGCAAUGCCGAAGUGGGGGGUAUCAUUCAGUUACCCACCCUUAAAUUUUCCUUCUAACUUGCGGUUUGUGUAAUGUCCGUCUCUCCUUCAUUCUGAUUUACCCACAGUAAUGUUUCCUAUGCCC